AAUAUUUGGUUAGGUUAUUUGCCAGCUGUUUUCAUGUUUUGUCCGGUAUCUUAAAUUUAUUUUCCGAGAAAUUUAAACUAAAAUGGAUGAAAUAGAAUACAAACUAAACACAAAUAAUAGUGUUUUAAUAGUGAAUGCCAUCGACAAAUUGAUAUGUACUAUAAAAUCUAAAUAUAAACCUGGCGAAAGACAGAAGUUUGUUCUUGAGAAUGAAGAAUUGAAAUUUUUGAGGGAGAAGUGUUCUUCAAAGAAUGCUAUGGUGAGCCACACGGCUUGUCAGGGUCUCCUGGCCCUGGUAGAGCUGGGUGUUAUGGACAUUGGCCAGACAAUGUCGAUCGUUGUGACCCUUCUUCCCAGUGCACACCAUCAUUCUGCCAUUAUCUCCACAAUGUCUGGCCUAAUGAUCCUAGAUCUGAAGUCCCGUCUAGUGCCCGGCCAGCCUUACAAGUGCCAGUUCGGUCUUAAGUCUCCACAGCACCCAUUCAUAACUGUGUUGGAGAAGAACAAAGCAGAAGACGAAGUGUUGGUACAAAUGCAUGCGUUGUGCACACAUCCUGACUAUAUAGUGUCAUCAAACAGCUUGGAGCUCCUCCGGCCGGUGUUCCUGUGGCUGACAUGCAACCCUCGCCGCAGUGGCAGUGUCAGGCCGUGGCAGCUUCUCCUGAGCUUGCCGCAGUCUACUGCACAAUCCUCACUGCUGCUUGCCUGUCUCUCAUGUCAGCAGAUAUGCAACCCAGAUUUGGUGGAGCAGGCGUUCGCAGCAUACUCAAUAGUGACGGAGGCAGCACUGUACAAGCAGGACAGUGAUCAAGUGGAAGCCCUGCUACCGAUGAUAACCAGGAUCUCCAGAGAACUAGUGAAACAUGGCCGCGACCCCCGGCAGUGCUACAGCCUCACGUCGCGCUGCGCAGACGCAGACGCGAGCGCCGCGCUGUGCUGUGCUGUGCUGUGCUGUGCUGAGCUGGCGCGCGCGCUGCCCGCCGCCGCCGCUCUGCAUCUGCACGAGUUGUUCGCUAGGGCCCUCGACAUAAUAGAAAAAUACGAAUGCUGCAACAUAUCUCUUAACAUGUUCGUGGCGCUCUCUCUACAGUGGCUCCAUCUACCGUCCUACCUAACCUCGUCGGCCUUGAAAGUAGCUUCAAAGAUAAUUGACAUUUACCAAUCAAAUAAUAAAGAAGACAAUCGCUUGCACAUGCCUAAUCUAAAAGCGAAUAAAGUCUUCCAAACUUUAUUAUACACAGACAGCAAGUUAUACGUCACAUUUAAAUUGUUAGAGACGUGGGAGCGUGUGAGAGAUAACCCGGAUAAAUUAAAAAGUUGGUUCGAUUCUUUGGAUAGAUUAGACGAAGAAUUAAAAUUUGAAUUGUUACCAUUUUUGCUUGGUGUUGCUAUGGACAAGAGGAAUGAUGAUUGGUUUGAAGAUAUAAUAGUUAGGGCUUUGAGAAUGGUUGUGGGGUUGGUGGAUAAGAAGAAGGAGGCAUCUGUUAUGCUGUUGCCGGUGUUGGUGUAUAAGAUCGCAAAUGACAAAUCGCCGAGAGUGAAAAUGGAAUGUUUGAAAGCACUACCGUUGAUGGCGAAGACAAAGGAAAACGUGCCCACAAUAGUGGCGAUACUGAAUUCGUUGAAGGCCGGCAAAGGGGCGCCCGUCUCUUUCCUUAUCUCACUGUACACUACGUUGGCUGAAACACAGGUGCGUUGCUUCCCGUACCUGCAAGAGUUGCUGGUGGAGCCCGGCGCCGGGAGACCGGACGAGCCCAAGUGGGAGGUGGAGCUCGCCAGGGCCGAGGCUGUUGACAGGAUUUGUGAACUCAGGCCGUCGAGCCACGGCCUGGAGUUGGUGCCGACGUUGUCGUCGAUCCUGAACGCGGGAUGCGCAGGCGCAAGCGUGCGCGCGCUGCACGCGCUGGCGCGGCUGUGGCGCGCGCGCAGCCUGGCCGUGCGCGGCGCCUGGCGCGCGCUGCAGCGGCGGCUCCUCCGCGACGCCAGGCCUCUGCUGCAGGUCAGUCUGUGCCGCCUCCUGUCCGAAAUCCCCGCGCUCCGCGUGUCAACCCCAGAGUUCGACAAACUGAUCAGUGAAGUCACCUGCAAACUGUGGACGUACAUCGCGGAUUCUAAUCAACCCGAUGUUGUGGAAGCGGCGUGCGAUGCGCUGGCGCAGUUUAAGAUUACUGAUUAUAAACUUAAAGAUAUUCCCGAGGUAUACCGUCGUUCAGUGAAAUUGCCGUCAUCAUAUUGUAAGACUCCAGCAGAUGCUGCCAGAAAGCCCGAAGAUGUAUUAGACUAUGUGCCAUGCGAAGUGUGGCCAGAAGUGUACAAAUACACCAACCAAUUCGCUUUGAACGGUAUCGAGCGAUUGUGUACCAAACUGAUAGAAAGAGAGAUCAAGGGUUACCGCAGCGGCGUGUACCAACAUGACGCGCGUGCGGAACCUCAGAGUGCUGGUUACCUGCCCGCCAGCAGCGUCGCCAGGGGACUGUUGGAUUGCUUUAGGAAACAGACAACUUCACCAUGUUACGAAUUCCCCGACUCGGUCCUACUCUCAAUCCUAAACACACUGACAGCGGAGUACCCCCGCCCGCUGCCGCCGGUGGACAUGUGUUACCUCCACGAGGCUAUACACCGAGGCGAGGCGUGGAAAGCCGGGUGUUUGAUGCUAGCGGCGAGGCAGGCGCAGACCUCGGCCUCGGCGAGGCGGCUGUUGGAGAAUUAUUUGCAGGGCAUCGAUCCAGGAGCCACUGAACAAUCGGAUAUAAUAUUAGUAUUCGAGCUACUCCCAAUUCUCUGUCGUGGCGUGCCCCCCAACUCUCUGAGAGGACCAAUAGAACGCUGUCUUGCCGAAUCUUACUCCGUGAUAGCCAGGACUAAACGAGCGCACGGCACAGAAGAGCCACUAUUCGUAAAGCAGCUAAAUUACAUCAGACAAGCACUGGAAAGCGACAAGAUACACGACGCAAAUAGGACACUACUCUCUCAGAUUGUGGAGCAUUACUUCUCUAUUAUCUCUGACGAUAAUGUGGCGUGGCCUACUUACGUCCAAACUUGCCGCACGCUUUCCACCAAAUAUCUCGAACGUAUGACGUCACCGACCAGCUGGUGGGAGAACACAGUGGAAUUAGUUCGCAAAUCCACCGCAGUUAGAGUUGCUGUGGCUAUAGAGAGCGCUAGUCUCGUCUGGCUUAAUGAACUUAUCGAUGCUCAGAGUAGUAUGGUUGUCGUACACGAGUACAGCGUAGAAUGCAUGAUCCCCGCGCUACAAGCCGCAGACCGCGACGCGCCGGCGACUGUGGAAUGGUUCUUACAACUAAUGGCGCGAACGCAAGUCGCUUUCCAUGAGACCGAAAACCAAUCCGCUAAGCAGUACCUCUGCAAUCUAGUUAUGAUAACGACAGCCAUAUUCAGCGGCCACUGGUCAUUAUCAGCAUCUCCAUGCACUAGUGACGUCACGCUAAUGUUACCAGCUGCGACUGCGCAACUGUUUCAGAGGGAAGCUUGGCAGAAUUCUACAAGACAGAUGUUGGAAUGGCUGAUCCACACUCGGGAUAACAUCGGCUGUUGUAGUACAGCCCUCAGCUGCCAGAGGGCGCUACUGGCGACCAGGCAUACGGCCCCCUUCAUGCAGCACAACAUUUGGACUAGGCUGGAAAGCUACUUUGGCAAACAUGCUGUAGAAGUGGAUAUGUAGAUAUCAUAAUGUAUAUACUUCCUCGAUGUUGCUGUAAUAUUCUAUAAAUACCUCUUUGAAAAAUAAAAAGGCGUGGCGAAACAUUUUAUUUCAAACAAGACGUUUUAUUUUCUUGUUCAAAACGUAUUAUCGUCUAGGCAUCUUAAAUCGAAAUAUAUUUGUAUUUUGAUUAUUUAAGACGCAUUUAUACUGACUGUGUAACGCGAAUGCGCGCUCUUUUUUGUAUGACAAUGCAACGCAAGAAACGCACGCGCAUGUGUUUCAGUUAGUGUAAACGGUUAUGCAAAGGCCGGUGCACACAUCGGCCUUUAACCAGGGAAUGCCUGCUAUCACUUUCACGGGUUUUUGGAAUAGGUUUCCAAAGCCGUUCGGUGCUAUAACCCGUUCAAUUUGCUUUGGUAAGCGCUAUAUCAACGUCUACAAAACCCUUUCUUUGAGGUAAGUCGUACGAAGGGGGGGUUCAGAUAGCAGGCUAAUUUAUGCUUUAAGCUCAGGCCAUACGGUCUUAAUUUGAAUAAAUUGCAAUGCACAACAAAUACCUAUUAAGCGCGUGCGGUAAAACGGUGCGUAAUUAUUUACACGAUUCAAUGUGUCGUUUCGUGUCUUUUAGGCUCUUCACACACGGAGCUACGCAAAUUUGCACAGGAGCGGGGUGUGAUGAAAACUACACCCCUCUCCCCCCGCAGGCAUUUAAGGGGAAAGCCAAACAGAGUAAGCGCUAUAACGUACGGGUUACCCCUUCGAAAGAGUUAGCCAUAUCAUAUGGGAAAUCCUUUAAAAGGGUCACAAUGUGGGAUAGUCAUUGGAUUGGGUUAGCCAUUGAACAGGUUACACAAGAAUAUGGGAAACCUUUUCAAAAGAUUAAAAAAACGAACGGCUUGUCCGGUCCCUGCCUUUAACAUAACUAUUUAUACAAUGGUGCCUAAUAAAUAUAACAAAUAUGGAGCAGCGUUACUGUAUAAAACUUUUGUAAAAUCUGAAUAUAAUGUGCCUAAAUAUUGUUUAAAUAAAUAAAAUACUUGUUUGUUA